AUGUUGCGUUCCAUGUGGAACUCGUCCGAAAUUGACGAAGCAUAUGCGAAUAUGACCCAUGUGUCGACACCAUCACCACCACUGGCUAUCGUGUUCGCCGUUUUUACGCUGAUUGGCAUUGUUGGAAAUCUUACACUAUUUCUCUAUAUUCUUAUUCAUAAACUCUAUCAAAAUUUCAUUUCUUCACACUUUAUCGCACAUCUUUGCAUUACAAACCUCGUCGCUUUACUGGUGCUGCUGCCAGUGUUUAUUUACACCGUAUGGACAGGUGUAAACGUUUUCAAAGCCAGCAACUUUAUGUGCCGACUUCAAGUGAGAAAAUUGCUUAUUCACGCAAAAACUCCCAUUGUGGUUAUUACACGUGUUAUUUUGAGAGCGAGAAUGAGGGACCGAAAUUUGGGCAUGAAAAGAACGAAUGAGAAUAUAAUGGAC